UAGAGCUUCUGGGGAGCGUGGUUGUUGGGCAACAGCACCUAGACUGCUUAGCAAACAAGCUAAGAGAGCAGUCAACAGCUGUAGGAAGGAGAAGCCAAAAAGGAGGACUGGCUGCGGAAAAGAAUUGGAAGCAGCCAUGGCGACUCUGAGCAUGAAGCCAGGCCAGAGGUUCACAUUCCCUGACUGGCGCAUGAACCGUGAGCUCCUUGUGAGCAAUGCUGAGCGCCAGCGCAUUGCUUCUCACCAGAUCCGACAAGAGGCCCGGGCUCUUCGUAAUGAAACGAACAACCAGACAAUAUGGGAUGAGCACGACAACCGCACACGCCUCAAUGAAAGGAUUGACUGUGUCAACCGACUGAAGGAAAUGUUGGACAAAUGCCUGACAAACAUUGACAUAGAAAUCAAUGCUUUAACCCAGAUGAAGGAAAAGGCGGAGCGUGCCCUGCAAGCAAAGAACCUGCCUCUGGACGUGGUUAUUGAAAACCUGACUCUUCGGGAGAGUCGCCGAGACAUUGAUGUGGUGAAGGACCCCGUUGAGGAUGAGUUGCACAAAGAGGUGGAGGUGAUAGAUGCCACCAGGAGAGACCUUCAGCAGAAAGUGAGCGAGGCCUUUGAGCAACUCUGGUGA